AUGUCUAUGCAAGAUGAACUUAUUCUGAUUGACCAACUUGAAGACCAGCUUAUAGAUAAUCCAGAUGCAUCCACGAAAAAGGAGUUGUACGAUACAUCGCUAGAUGAAACAUUUCAAAAGAAGUUGAACGCGAGAGCAGAACAGAUAGCUAAUCAAAAUAAUGGAGUAGAUAACGAAAAUGAUGCUCAAGGGAGGUCUAUAGCUAACAAUUACCUGUUUCUAGUCACUAAAACACACCUAGCUUAUGAAUAUCGGGAUUAUAGGAGUUUGGAUACAGAAUUGAGUGAAUGGUUUGCAUUCAAUGAUUUCAGUUUGCUAGGAGGAUUGCAACGAAAUCUGGAAAACUAUGAUCUCGAGAAGAAAUACUUGGAUAUCAGUGAUAUAGAAAUGGUGGAACGUUGUAUCUCUGAUGUUGACUUGUAUAAUGGAAAAUCAUUAGGGUUAAUAUUAUACUUCGCAUUCGGAAAAUAUGGCGAAUGUAAGGACAAGGAAGAGCAAAUGCAUUCAAUUAAAGCCAAUUGCAAAGCAUUAUUUGAAUUAGGGCUAUUUGAAAAAUUGACUCUGAUGUUGCAAUCUUUCAUUGAUGAAAGAAUAAAGAUUGAUGUCAAAAACGAUUUUCACGAAGACUUGCCAAUCGAAACUGAAUCUGGCUACUUCAAAGCAUUAACAUUAUUUUAUUUUAUUAUUAACGUGAUACUCGAUGAAAAGAAUAUUAGUAACUGGAGAAAGUUACGUAAAUCUCUUGCAAAAUCUGAUAUAAUAUCAGACUUCGUUAGGUUUAUCGAACACUGGAAAUGGAACCAGAAUAGGACUUAUAAGGCCCGCUACUUAUUCAUGAUAGUAUGGAAAUUGAUUCUUAUUGAGAUGGGGGAUAGCACCCAUAUAUCUAAAGUGAACGACUUUUUGUUUGACAUGCAUGGAAUAGUGAAUAAACGUGGUAAGGAUAUCCCUACAAAUAAACUUACCUGUUCUCCUUUAGAUUAUUUCACAUUCAGAGAAGAUUUGACUGAUAGGUUUCCAUUGUAUAAAGAUGAUGAAAUAAAGAUGCUUCCAAAAAAGGACGUAUAUGAAUUUAGUGCCUUAAAGGAAGCUUUAGAAGAAAAUAAUAAAUCAAUAGAUAAUGAAUAUCAGUAUUUCAUGUCCAUGAAUAGUCACUCCAAUUCGUUGUCAAACUUACUUGAAAAUCCAAGACCCAACAAAUCCCAUACAAUUCUCAGCCAAUUACCUGCGCAGACAGUACAUAUCGCCACACCAGUUCCAUCACCACCUUCAGCUCCAUCUGAUUUUAUGUCUGGUGGAGAAAAGAUACGUAAACUGUAUCAAACCAAUCAAGGUAUGCCAUUUAUUUAUCCGAAAACCAAUGAGGCAGAAGUACCUUACGCUAUAAAAGAGGCCAGUGAUAUUUUAAAAAAUUCGGUAUAUGAGAGUUAUUCAAAUAAACAGUUAUGGAAUGAAAGACAAAAGUUUAUGAUCCAAGAAAGAGGUUUUGUGAAUGAAUAUGACGAAGGAAAAUCAUAUCAAUUCAAUGAGUUUGACUAUAAUGAUGAAUUGUUUGAAAAAUAUCCUGAGAAAGAGGAUGAGAUUCAUUCUCUCUUAAGAGUUGAGUCUUUCUAUAAAAAGAAUCUUAGUCGAUUUCAUUCUUUGAUACUGAUAUUAAUUGAAACUAUGAAGUCGAAUAGGCUAGAUUACAACUUAAAUUUUGCAGAGUGGGAAUUAAACCCUGAGAGUUCAUACUUCAAUAAUGGCAAAAAUGUCGAUAGGGAAUCUAAGACCAAAAUUGAUUUCGUCUUGAUGCAGCAACUUGAGGUAUUAAAUAUUAAAGAGAUUACGUUAAAAGCUACCAGUAGUAUUAUCUUUCUUUUACUCAAAUGGUUUAAAACCAAUCAUGUAUUGAAGUAUUACUACUUUUCAUCUAUUUUGUUUGACGAUCAGUAUUUCAAUGUAUUAUUUGAAUACAUGACCAGAGCUUUUAAUAACAGCGAUCUUCAAGAGUUCUAUAAUAAUAAAGACGGAACUGAUGAACUGGACAAUGUUGCUGAGUACGAGAUCUUAAUAAACCAAAAUCAGCUCAUGAAUCCACAAAUAAAGUUACCAAGAUUUGAAUUUUUCAAUAACUGCCUCAAAACUUCUCCACAAGAUUAUAAAUAUGAAUUCAUAAACAAGAGUUUAAUACUGAAGUUGCCGAAUGAAAUUGAUGCUAAUAAUAUUAGUAACAUAACUAUCCAAAGGGUCAACGAAAACUUCUGCUUCAUCUUGAUAAAUUUGCUCAACAUCACCAACAAAAUAUUGAUAAAAAAUCUCACUCAGAGAAUAUUCACACUAAAUGAAUUGAAACCAACCGAAAUAUUCAAAAUUAUCCUACUUAAUUAUGAUAACAAAUUCAUCAAUAAGCCGAUUCUAAAAAUAUUGAAAAAGUUGAUCCCAUAUCAAGGAAGAAAAUGGAAGUCCAUUAAUAUGGACUUAAUUUCCAAGGUAUAUCUCAAUUGCAGAUUGUCGCUAAGAGAUAACUGGCUAAGCGGAAAGGACCUAGAGAAUGAUUUCAAUAACUCUUUUGAUCAAGAAAUUGCCUUACGGGCAUUAUUGCAAUUUUACAAUAUCAAAAAUUACCCUCUUCAAAUGGCAAGUCUUGGUUACCAAAUUUCUACAGAAGAUAUUCCAAAUCUAAUAUUAGAUGGUAAUUUGGAAAGCUAUGAUGUAUGA